AUGAAGAAGAUUUAUGCAUUAUUGAUUUUCCUAUCUUUUGCUUUGUUAUUGUUGGGAGGCUCCGCUGAGCAAUGUGGUCAGGCCGGUGGCGCUGUUUGCCCGAUCGGGCUGUGUUGUAGCCAAUUUGGGUGGUGCGGCACCUCGGAUGCCUACUGUGGACCAGGCUGCCAAAGUCGAUGUCGUCGUACAAACCCGACUCCGAUGCCGAAACCAACUCCUACACGUGGCGGAGGCGAUAUCAGUAGGCUAAUCAAUCGGGAGGCUUUCAACCAAAUGCUUAAGUAUAGUAAUGAUCCAAGAUGUCCUAGCAAUGGAUUCUACAGCUACGAUGCUUUUCUUAAUGCAGCUCAAUUCUUUAGUGGUUUUGCUACAACUGGAGAUGAUGCUACUCGUAAGAGAGAGUUGGCAGCUUUCUUUGGCCAAACUUCUCAUGAAACUAGUGGAGGAUGGCCAACCGCACCCGAUGGUCCAUAUGCAUGGGGAUAUUGUUUCAUAAGAGAACUCAAUCGGAAUGGUUAUUGCUCACCUAGCUCACAAUGGCCUUGUGCUCCUGGCCAGCAAUAUUAUGGACGUGGACCCAUCCAAAUCUCUUACAACUAUAAUUACGGACAAGCUGGUGGAGCAUUGGGAUUGGACUUACUUAGCAACCCAGAUUUGGUAGCUACAGAUGCAGUGGUAGCAUUGAAGACAGCGAUUUGGUUUUGGAUGACACCACAAGGAAACAAACCAUCAUGUCACGAUGUUAUCAACGGUCGAUGGCAGCCGUCAAAUUCUGAUAGAGCUGUUGGAAGAUUCCUUGGUUACGGUGUCAUUACCAACAUCAUUAAUGGUGGAGUUGAAUGCGGAGGUCGUGCUACUAAUGCUGUGACUAGUAGAAUUGGAUUUUACAAAAGGUACUGCGACUUAUUAGGUAUUAGUUAUGGAGACAACUUGGAUUGCAAGCAUCAAAGUUCUUUUGCUUAAACCUUAAUAUUAAAUGGAAUAAUUAAAAAUAUAUUUAUGUCACUAAUAUAACUAUGAGCAGAAAUACAUGUGAUGUAAGUUUGGAAUA